AUGUUUUGGCCGUUCGGCACUGCGUUGUGUAAAAUAGCGGGAUCACUGCAAGGAUUCAACAUAUUUCUAUCAACAUUCUCUAUUGCAGCGAUAGCAUUCGAUAGAUAUGUUCUUGUCAUUUUCCCAACCAAACGCGAACGCCAACAGAAUCUUUCAUUGAUGUUCUUCGUACUUAUUUGGGUGGUCUCAUUGGUGCUAGCAGUGCCGCUACUGAUCACCUCCGAUCUCAAUACCAUUUAUGAGGAUUCUUCUUGUGAUAUUUCACUGAGGAUAUGUCAUGAGCAGAAUGAAAUUUGGCAGACGAUGAUGAUUUCUAAACGGACGUACACGCUAUCAGUCCUAGCUACUCAGUAUGCAUUUCCCCUAUUCUCCCUAGUGUUCGCGUACACUCGAAUCGCUCACCGUAUGAAGUUGCGCUUCGCCAAUCGAAAUAUCCCAUUUUCAAGCUCACUUAGCCAAAACCAACGGAGAAAAUCAGCGGUGGAUCGGCAACGUCGUACACAUCUACUUCUUACGUGCGUCGUCGCCGUGUUCGCGAUCGCAUGGCUGCCACUGAACGUUUUUCACAUGGUUAACACCUUUGAGUGGGUAUCACUGUUUUCCGUGUCGACGUUUGCGAUUUGUCAUGUGGCAGCAAUGUGCUCCGCGUGUCUCAAUCCGCUCAUCUACGCCUUUUUCAAUCACAACUUCCGAACGGAAUUCAUUAGGCUAUUCGAGAAACUGGGUUUGCGGUGA